GUGGCCAAACCCACUCUUUGGAACAAGCCUGCGAUGACACACUUCUCCACUCACUCGUAUACAAACACGUCCACGGCCUCUCCCUGGCUCGGGUCCCCGCCACCGCCGCUUCUUCCCCGGCUCAUGUAACUACAUCCGACCGUAAGGGGAUCGAGACGCACGGAGGUCCCUUCUCAAACGCGUGGAUUUAACAGAAAACGGCGAACAUGACGGAUAAUUAGACGCGUACAUGACAGCGGAGAGAGCUCGGAGGGCGAAUCUGUUCAGGACUGAGGUUUAAACACGUAUAACACGACAUUUGCCACUCCAUUGCGUGUUUUGAUCCAUUGUAGCUAACCAAAAAAAACCCAAAACAUUAUGGCACUGUGGAUUUUGUUGCGCGCUUUGGUAUUGCUAUAUUUGCACUAUUUUCAACACUGUAGCUCAUUCAACCUGGAUGUGGACAAGCCUUCCGUGUUCUCCGGACCCCAAGGCAGCUACUUUGGCUUUUCCGUGGACUUUUUCACUCCCUCCACCUCAAAGUCCGUAUUGAUUGGAGCUCCCAGGGCGAACACAACUGGCUCCAGCUCUGUGGUGGAGAGAGGAGCCGUCUAUAGCUGCCCCUGGUCCGCUGCCUCCAACUGUCAGCAGCUGCAGUUCGACAGCUCAGAUGACCGAAAGAACGCAGCUGGAGCUCAGAUGGAGUUCAAGUCUAAACAGUGGUUUGGAGCAUCGGUGCGGUCAUUUGGAGAGCACAUCCUGGCCUGUGCUCCCCUGUACCAGUGGUCGACAUAUGGCUUUUCGGAGCGCGAGCCAGUCGGGACGUGUUUCCUGAAAAAUAAAGAUUCAGUGGUGGAAUAUUCUCCCUGCAGAUCCAGCGCCAACACUCCUGAAGGGCAGGGCUUCUGUCAGGCCGGGUUCAGUGCAGACUUUGUGAAGAACGACAAAGUGGUGGUGGGAGGACCAGGCAGCUUCUACUGGCAGGGUCAGCUGAUUUCUGAUGACAUUUCUGAGAUUUUCGCUCGUUACAACAAAGACUACAUCAUUCAGUACAGCAACACAAUGGCCACGCGGUCUGCAGGAGCCCAGUACGAUGACAGCUACCUGGGUUACUCUGUGACUGUGGGAGACUUCAAUAAUGACGGAUAUGAUGAUUACGUCACUGGUGUGCCAAGAGGAGACAAAGCACUGGGUUAUGUGAAUAUCUUCAAUGGCCGGAACAUGGAGUCAGUGGUGAACUUUACAGGGACACAGAUGGCGGCCUAUUUCGGACACUCCGUUGCAGCUACUGAUAUUAACGGAGAUGGGUUGAUGGAUCUUUUCAUAGGAGCUCCUCUUUUCAUGGACCGAGGCUCAGACGGGAAACUGAGGGAGGUCGGGCAGGUGUCUGUGUAUUUGGGCCAUGGAGGGUUUUCGUUUCAAGAUCCACUGCAGCUCACCGGCUCUGAGGUCUACGCUCGGUACGGCUCUGCCAUCGCUGCUCUGGGAGAUCUGGAUAAAGACGGCUUCAACGAUGUGGCAAUCUCUGCUCCAUACGGUGGCCCAGACCACACUGGACUGGUCUACAUUCACAACGGGCGCUCACGAGGGCCUGACCCCACUCCCUCACAGACCCUUCAGGGAAAAUGGGCGUCCAGUUACAUGCCUGCAAGUUUCGGAUACUCCAUGUCCGGAAACACAGACAUCGACCAGAACGGAUACCCAGAUUUAAUUGUUGGGGUUUUUGGAGCAGACAAAGCAGUUUUAUACAGAGCUCGUCCAGUGAUCAGUGUAAAUGCCACCUUGGACCUGACUCCGCAGAUCAUAAACCCAGACGAGAAGUCCUGCUUCCUCCCAGGAACUAGCACCUCUGUGUCCUGUUUUAAAGUGAAGUACUGUCUUAAGGCCAGGGGUAUUGGAGCGCCCCCAUCUUUAACAUUUAAGGUGGACAUUACAUUGGACCGUUUGAAACAGAAAGAGGCUACAAAACGUGUUCAGUUCCUACACAACAAAGCAUAUCAGUAUUCAAGAAAUAUUGGUGUUACAAAUAACGAAAAACUACCACUAAGCUGUGAAGAACUGGACAUAUUCCUCAGAGAUGACCGAGAGUUCCGGGAUAAGAUCACGCCGAUCUCUGUGAUGUUGGAAUAUUCUCUGGACUAUCUGAGCGCCGCAGACUCGACUGGACUCCUGCCUAUUGUAGACAUGUCAGCGCCCUCUAACAUCACUAAACAGGCUCAUAUCCUGCUGGACUGUGGAGCGGACAACAUCUGCAAACCGGACCUCAAACUCUCCGUGAAGAGUGAACCUCAGCAGAUCUACAUUGGUGAUGACAAUGCCCUGACAUUAGAAGUGAGCGCAGAGAACCAGGGAGAGGGAGCAUACGAGGCUGAGCUGCACGUGUUUCCCCCACAGCAGGCAGACUUCACUGGGGUCGUCCGCAGCCAGGCCCUGACCAGACUGUCCUGCGCCUAUAAGAAAGAGAACAACACCAAGAUGGUGGUGUGUGACCUGGGAAACCCCAUGAAAGGAGGAACCAAGGUUUUGGCCGAGUUGCGCUUCAGUGUUCACCAGCUCUCAGAGGAGGACACAUCGGUCAAAUUUGAAUUACAGGUUGUCAGCUCAAACCAGUUUAACAACACCAGCCCUCGAGUGUCCACUUCCACCAAACUGGCUGUGCUCGCUAAAGUGGCCAUCAGAGGGUCUUCAAACCCAGGCCAGGUUUUGCUGCCAAUUGCAAACUGGAAACCCAAAGAACGUCCUUUUUUUGGGGAUGACAUCGGGCCUCAGAUAGUCCUGGUCUAUGAGUUACUAAACAGUGGUCCCAGCACCUUCUCCAAAGCGUCUCUGGAGGUGGAGGUUCCGUAUCGCUUCAGAAAUGGCUCUGUGCUUUAUGUCACCAGCUUUGACACAGAGGGACCCAUCCACUGCACCACGGAUACAGAGAUCAACCCACUCAAUGUAUCGAAUCCAUUGUCAACAGAGAAAAAUGUGACCAGUGGAAUUCCUCCCAGAGAGGAGGGACGAAACCAAAACCACGUCCGGAAACGAGAUCUAGAGUCCAGAGAUGCACCAGGAGACAUACAAACUCUGGACUGCACUACAGCUGAUUGCUUGUGGCUCAAGUGUCAAGUUGGGCGUCUAGAGAGGGGAAAGAACGCUAUUUUGUUUGUUUACUCAAGACUGGAUGUAAACAACUUCCUCCAGGUUGAAAAUCAGAACCGGUCUUAUGUGAUCCAGUCCAAAGCAUCCUUCAGUGUCAUAGAGAUCCCAUACAAGAAGCUGGAGUUUGACCUGCCUUCAAACAGCACCACAGUGAGUGUCUCGGUGCUGUGGGUGGCAGACUCACCUCAGCCUGUGCCUGGGUGGGUGGUGGCCCUGGCUGUGCUUGCCGGGCUCCUGCUCCUGGCUCUGCUCAUCUUCAUCAUGUACAAGUUGGGAUUCUUUAAGCGAGUGCGCCCCCCUCAGGACGACUGUGCAGAGAAGGAGCAGCUGCAGCCAGAGGAGAAUGGGAACAUGGAUGGUUAAUGGACUUUAGGUUUGCACUGAGCGGAGUGGUACGGUUUUGGCAUGUUUCAGCCCUAUAUGGCACGGUAUGGCAUGGGUAUGGUAUGGACAGAUUCUUAAAAGGUUUUCAAUGCCACUGACGUGUCUGCACAACUUUUUAUUUUUUCAAAUUUUCCCUGCUAAGUAUUAACCACUUAAACCAUUUGGUAACUGAAUAGUGAAAUAACCUGAUAUCCGCACCUCAGUAUUUUACUUGCCAAUGCCAUACCCAUUCUACAUACCAUAUACUGUUCUGUUGCCUUAUGAAAAAGAGAGAAUUUUUAAAUUAUGUCUUCAAUCAAGGCUGCAACAACUUAAUAGUUAUUGGUAAAUAGCUUACAUAAAAAACAUGCAUGCCAUGAGCGAGAAAACCCACAGUCUGUAAUGUAAUUAAAUCAGGAAAAAAUAUACAAAUUUGAAUGUUUGAGAUUUUGAAAUAUUUUCUUCCAUGACGCCUUUUUAUUUUUUGCCUCUGGUUUACAUUUUAUUCUAAAAAGAAAAUGUUCCGUAACGUUUUAGUUGAUUGCUAAAUUGGCAUUUGUUGCAGCUCUUAAAAUACAGGUUUAUUUGAAAUUACAUUCACUAAAGCACAUUUAACUUUUAGAAAAUUUUAGAUCAUGAGAAAAGUAGAUUUUGUACAGCCAAGAGUGUUUUGCCAAUUAAUAUUUAUUGUAAAUACAAGAUUUAAGGUAAUUUUUGCACAAUUCGCAAACUACAAAUUGUUGCUCUGAAAGUCCUAAACUGCUGUUAAUAAUAGUUAUAACUACAUGAGAUUAGGGGGUGGGCUUGAGGUGUACUGAUCUUUUUUAUUAUUUUAUUCUUAAGUUUGUAAUGUUAUCUAGAGCCAAUUUAAAUGUAGAAAAUAUUUUUGUUAAUCAUGACAUAUAGCAAUAUACAAAAUGUUUAUUAGAGCAAAUAUUAUUAGCAGUGCCAAGCUAGUUUCUGCGAAUCUCAAAACUGUAUAUUAACAGAUUUAUUUCUACCAACACUCCCAGUGCCAAAAUAUAAUGUGCAAAAUUGUCUGCAUGGAGUUGUAGACAAAAAAAAGGAACAAGAAUCAACUUCUUUCCUCUCAAACAACCUAACAAUAAACCUCCAAAACCAGUUAUAAACCAAGACUUGAUCAGAUCCAAAGCAGGACUAAGCCAGGACCAGGACCACGGCAACUCUUCUCAGUUAUCCUUUGAUAGCAAAUAUAUGACUGAAGAUUAAAUCAGGUUUAAACCAGGUCAAAAAACAUCAUUUAACAGAACUAAAGAAGCAGUACAGGACUAUCCUACCUUCUGUCUACUUUUCCAAAGUGGGAUUGUGCUGACAAAUAUCUACUGUAUUUAAAAUUAUGAUUUCUACUCCAUGCAGACUUACUUUAAGUUUUUUUUCCCUCUUUUUUUAAUUUUUAUUUUUUUUUUAUAUUUUUUUUGUUUGUUGAUAAACCAGAAUUAAUGUGUCACUUCUAUUUCAAAAGUACUUUUUAUUUGACAACUUGUUUUUUGUUUUAUGGGGGAACAAUAUUUUUAUUAUGUUACUUAUAAUUAUUUUUUUUCAUUUUCCGUUUAAUAUUUACAUGUGUGUGGGUCCAAUCUAUUUCAAAAAAGUUUAUUAAAAAAACAGUAAUAGUAUUUUCCUUUGCACUGAUGUACCCUUCUUUAGUAUGUUUGGCUGUACACAAAAAUACAUUAUCAGAAUUGCAUUGUACUAAAAUGAAUGAGUGUGGACACAGAAAUAUAGCUGUAAAUUUGCCCAUAUUGGGUUCACCAAUUCAAAUUUUUUACUUUGAAUUGGUUUAUUGCAAUGGACAUAUGGAUAGUAAUCUAAAAAUACCAUAACUUUAUAGCCAACCCUAUUCAUAAAAAAAUCUAAAUUUGGAGUUCAUUUUAUAACCUAAAACAAUGUAUGUAUGGACAGAUUUCAUUUUAUUAUUAUAGACCUGUAACAUUGGAGUUGAAAUAAACUGGUUUGUUCAUAUUGUG